ACCUGUGACCCGGCUCUGACAGUGGCCUGCCUUACCUCUGGGGAGCCCCGCAUGCCAUGGGGUGCAGUCCGGUCUCCCCAGACACGCUGACAUGCUCACUGCGCACUCCCUGUGUUCCCUGUGGCUUUUCUGGGGGCAGACACCUCCCAAGUGGCUCUCCUCCCGGAGGGAGGGCACAGCCCCACCCCCAGCCCACUCAGGGGUGUCCCUGCCAGGCCCCUCCCCGGCAGGAGCAGCAGUGGCAGUGAGCUAGGGUGUGGACAGGCCGCCGGGUGCAGCUGCACCCCGUGGGGGUGGGUGAGGAGGGCCGGAGGCUCAGCCAGCAGCGGCGUCGGUGUCGGCAGUACCUGAUGUUUAUUCCGAAAGCAGUAGGAGCCAGGGGUGGGCCAGGGUCUGCCUGGCUGCCGUGCAGGGGAGGGGGCUCAGCCGACCCCCCAGGAGGGCGUGGGUCAGUUGGCAGGACCCUGGAGACGGCAGGCGAGCUGGGUGAUGGGCCUGCACCCCAGGGCGGGCUCAGGGUCCAGCCCCUCUGACCGAGCGGACUGGCAGCUGGGCCGGCCCUGUUCUCCCUCCCCGUCCACGGCUCACACGGCCUCGGGGCUCCUCCAGCCUGGUCCAGGUGGCGGUGGCCCCAGGAAGUCCCUGGCCCCUUCCUCGGUGGGCGGGAGCAGGUGGGGCCCGGGGGAACGGCUUCGUCUUCCCUCCCAGCACAGCGAUUCCGACUCUGACCUGGAGUACGCGGCCCUGCCGCCCGCCAUCCCCAGCGCCGUGCCCGUGACCGGGGAGUCCUUCUGUGACUGCGAUGGCCAGAGCGAGGCCGCGCCCCGCAGCAGCCCGCACGGCGCACACCGCAGCAAGGACUGCCGCUGUGGGGAAGACGCGGACCAGUUUGACUGGGUCUGGGACGCCCUGAACAAGUCCUCAGCCACCCUGCUGAGCUGUGACAACCGCAAAGUCAGCUUCCACACGGAGUACAGCUGCGGCACCGCCGCCAUCCGGGGCACCAAGGAGCUGGGCGAGGGCCAGCACUUCUGGGAGAUCAAGAUGACGUCGCCCGUGUACGGCACUGACAUGAUGGUGGGCAUCGGGACGUCGGACGUGGACCUGGACAAGUACCACCACACGUUCUGCAGUCUGCUGGGGCGGGACGAGGACAGCUGGGGCCUGUCCUACACAGGGCUCCUGCACCACAAGGGCGACAAGACGAGCUUCUCCUCCCGGUUCGGCCAAGGCUCCAUCAUCGGCGUGCACCUGGACACCUGGCACGGCACGCUCACCUUCUUCAAGAACAGGAAGUGCAUAGGGGUGGCUGCCACCAAGCUGCGGAACAGGAAGUUCUACCCGAUGGUGUGCUCCACGGCGGCCCGGAGCAGCAUGAAGGUGAUCCGCUCCUGCGCCAGCGCCACCUCCCUGCAGUACCUGUGCUGCUUCCGCCUGCGCCAGCUGCGGCCGCACUCGGGCGACACCCUGGAGGGCCUGCCGCUGCCGCCCGGCCUCAAGCAGCUGCUGCACAACAGGCUGGGCUGGGUGCUCAGCAUGAACUCCAGCCGCCACAAGCCCCCGGCGCCCCCGGCCGCCGCGCCCUGCCAGAGGAAGCGCUGCCGACGGACCUGACUCGCCCGCGCCGGGAGAGCUUCCGUGUCCCAUUUCUCGGCCCCGCGCUGGGUCAGAAGGGCCUGGCCCCGCUCACCUGAGGCCAGGA